AUGAUUUUACGUACAAUAUGUUUCAUUUUCAGUAUAUUCUUGUUUGUCGUAGCAGUUGACGGUAAGUAUGGUUUCGUUUCGUGGUCGUUGGGUAAAGCUGUAGUUUCUGUGACUGAUAACUAUGAGGACAUCCCGGAAGUUCACGUAGCGCGGGCUACUUACACCAAUGACAUUAAUUCCACCGGAUGGGCCUUCCUGGAACUCCAUACACACCCAGAUGUCCCAGAUGAAAGGCAAGCAUAUGCUGCUGGUUUCUUGGAAGGCUUUCUGACUAGGGAUCUGAUAUGGAUGCACUGGGAAAAUGUAUUGAAAGGGUACUGCUACAACAAAACUGAGGUCUGUGGUCUCAUAGAGGAUUAUGUGAACAAAAAUGAAGAUUACAUUGUAUCCAUGGUUAAUGCAAACCCAGAUGAUCCUUACUGGUACCAGAUCAAACUGUAUUAUAUCCAGUUAGAGGGACUGUCGGUAGGAUACAAUGAGGCGACCAGCAACCCGUACGAAUGGCUAACAGUCAGAGACAUCUUGUGGAUCAACAUGUUGGGUGACCUGGACGACCUGGCGUUCGCUCUGUCCCUGCCCCCGGAGACGCCCGACUCCCUGUUGUUCGGGGAGCGCUGCAGUGGCCUGGUGAAGCUGCUGCCCGACUGGAGUGAUCUCUACACCUCACAGGUCACGUGGAACAGUUACCAGUCCAUGUUACGUUUCCACAAGAUGUACGUGCUCCACUACGGGAUGUCGGCUGUCGACCGAACACUCAUCCCAGGUUGGAAGAUGUCCUUCAGCUCCUACCCCGCCUUUGUUCAGUCGACGGAUGACUUCUACAUCAUAUCAUCAGGCCUGGUGCCCGCGGAGACCACCAUCGGGAACAGCAACCGGACGCUCUAUGAGAACGUGCACCCUAACGGACAGAUCCUGGAGUUCGUGCGAGCGAUGGUGGCCAACAGACUGGCCCGCAGCGGCCGCCAGUGGGUGGAGCUGUUCAGGAAACACAACAGCGGCACCUACAACAACCAGUGGUAUAUAGUGGACUACAAGAAGUUCAAGCCUCGCUCGGGCUCCUCGCUGGGCUCCAUCCAGCCCGGCCUGCUGUGGGUGCUGGAACAGCUGCCCGGAUACACGGAGGCCGCCGACCUAACAGAACACUUGAAGAACACCACGUAUUUCCCGUCGUACAACAUAGCGUUCUUCCCUCGCGUGUUCAACCUGAGCGGCGGCAACCAGCGCAUCGCGACCUUCGGCGACUGGUUCGCCUACGACACUAACCCUAGAGCCAAGAUGUUCAAACAGAAACAGGCGGGCGUGGUGUCCCCGGAGAGCAUGUUCUCAGUGCUCCGCUACAACGACUUCCUCCACGACCCGCUCGCGCGCUGCCCCUGCGUGCCUCCGUACAGCGCGUGUAACGCCAUCGCCGCCAGGAACGACCUCAACCCCGCUAACGGAUCAUAUCCGUUCCGUGCCCUGGGUCACCGCAGCCACGGCGCCACGGACGCUAAGAUGACGACCUACAACCUCCACAAGACGUACCGCUUCCUGGCCGUGUCGGGGCCGCCGCACAACAUCACGCGCGGGAUACCGCCCUUCCAAUGGAGUAAGUUUGACCUGGGGGUCCACAUCUCUCACGUGGGUCAUCCCGACCUGUGGAUGUUCUCACCGAUAUUGCAUUACUGGGAGUGGGGCUGA